CUUUGUUUGAGUUUACCCGAACUGAUUGCAAGCCUAGUCUCUUACUUAAAUUUGACCUUGUGUUCCAGUCGUGCUUCAUAGCACGAAAUGUGUUAUUAUUCGUCUACUUGAAGCUAACUUUUGUUGACGAACUCAUCGGUUCAGUUGCUGGUUAUUAAUUGCCUACGUCUUUAGAAAACAUUCAUCGCUUAUCCAAUGCCCAGUUUACUUUAUUGUAUCUUUUGGUUUUACUUUUGUGCGGUGACCUGGUUCUUUUGGAGUUCAGUAGUAUCUGCAUGUUUCAAGAUCCAGAUAAUUCAACAUUUGUACCUUUAUAUGUUGGAUAAGCUGUUCUCCUACGCUGCUUCUGCCGUCACUCUUGAGGAUGACCACAGAGGACUUACAAGUAUUGACAGUGUCGAAAAUCUUGAUACAUAUGAUGAUGAUUUGAUUGAGAGAGAUAUUCAGCUAACUGAGGGGGGUGUGAAAGUCAAAACUCCUAUUGUACCUCAACAGAAAGGCUUCAAGUUGCAUUAUCCGGUGUAUCUGGCAAAAUGCGGUAUAGAGGCCAUUAUUGAAGAUUCCGUCACGAAAAGAUUCACAGCUGCUGAGCUAAGAGUUUGGAAUUUCCUGAGUCGCAAUCAGAGUUAUGUAUACGCAAAGAAAGAUAAUCACAAAACUCUUAUGUGUCUAUGGCUCUUAGGCGUUGUCGUUCGGUAUGCCAUCUUUUUACCGUGCAGACUUUUUGUUUUCUUUUCUUCUCUGUUGUUCACUUGGCUUGUAGGUGCUGUCGCCCGCAAACUUCCUCCUUCCCAUUUGAAGAAGUGGUUAUCCACAGAAGGGAUUCAAGCAGCUGUGCGGCUUAAUUUGUGCUCAUUUUCGGCGGUCAUUCGUUUUCACAACAGAGAAAACCGUCCCAAGGCAAAUACAAUAUGCGUUGCCAACCACACUACACCUUUUGAUUGGUGUGUUUUGGCGUCCGACGUUACCUACGCUGUGGUUGGUCAAAAACAUAAUGGAUUUUUCGGAUUCGCAGAGUGGAUCAUAUCUUGUGCUGUUCCUGCUAUAUGGUUUGAUCGGGGUGAAGUCUUAGAUCGUAAUUCUACAGCAAAAAAGUUAAAGGAGCAUGCUACUUCCCCAAAUGCUGAACCCAUUCUAAUUUUCCCAGAAGGUACUUGCAUCAACAAUACAUCGGUUAUGAAGUUUAAGAAAGGCUGCUUUGAAGUGGGAGCCGAGAUUCAUCCUGUUGCAAUCAAGUAUAAUCCUUUAUUUGCUGACUGCUUUUGGAACAGUAGUCAAGAUAGUUAUUUCAAUACAGUCUGAAGACAAUGACAUCAUGGGCUAUCAUGGUAGAUGUAUGGUAUUUACCACCAACAAAGAAAUCUGAUGAAGAGGAUUCAAUUGCAUUUGCAAGGCGUGUACAGCAUAGUAUUGCUCAAUGUGGUGGGAUGAUUGGGAUGGAUUGGGAUGGUGAACUGAAACGAAGCCGACCGAAGGAUACACUGAGAUGUGCACAACAGAAUAUAAAAAUAGACUUUGUGCUUGGACUUGUUCAGAAGGAAGAUAUCCACUGAAUUUAAUACUAGUUCAUGAUUAUACAUGAUUAUGAGCAAUAAAUUCUGCUUGAAACAUCAUCUAGUAAAUAAUAUUAUAUUACUGUGUGUUGUAUCAAAUCGACUAAUCUAGUAUGGAGUUACAUGCCACUACGGUGCAUAAAUUAUACGCUUAUAUAAAUUAUCAUGACUGAUAUAUUUGCAGAUUGUUUCUGUGAUGAACAGUAAUUAUGCUAUCCUAAAAGUCCCUUCCAAGCUGGACUUCUUAGUGUUAAAUAGUCUGGAAAUAAAUUUAAGGUUACUUCUCAAAACGGAUUUACGAAGGAUGCUGGGUUAUUUGUCAAAAAGGUAUUUGCUCAGAAAUCAUUGUUACAAGAGAGAUUACAGUAAAUUGGUAGGGGACUAGAACCUGGGCGUUAUCUGCGUAUGCCCAUUCCAACGGACAGGAUUAGAGCGGUAGUUGAAGGAGUCAGUAGACUCUGUUUAAAAGUAGGAAUUCACUAGAUUGCUAAAAAAAACCAACCUGUACUAACUAUGAAAUUGAACUACUCAAAUCCAGAUUCAUGAAGAUAGUAAACAGAAGAGACGAAUUUUCUGAUUGAACCGUCCAAUAAAGUGAAACCAGCUGCUCUCAGUAAAUAAACAAAAAUUAUUACAGAAAUUUCUCGAUGAGAAGACUGAAGUUACCGACGAAGAACCGUAAACUACCGACAGAUCAAAAUGGAUGACCAACCUCUGAAGUAGAGUAUUAAACCCAAAUGAAAUGAAAAUCGUCGAGAAACGAAUUAAGUUCAACGUAGCUGUAAGUUGAUUAAAACCUGAAGAUGUUACCCCUAGAACAGAAGUAGUAUUAAGUUCAACAGAUAAGCCAUCUACUGAACGAGUCCAAUUACAAUGUGCAUUUGCACUAAAUUAUAAGAAUUCUAGAAAACCGGAAACGAAGAACUUAAGAAAUGAUAACACCAUAAACACUACCGAACCUAACAAGAGUAAUUCAACAGUAGUUAUGAACAAAUCCAUUUACUUCACAAAAGGUAAUGAAUACUUCCAGACGAGUCAACAUGAUGAGAUUAAAACGCACUUAGGAGCUAGUUAAACGGAGGUAAUCGGCAAGAAGCAGUGGACCUAGGUUCGGGGCUUUUUUGCACCUGUCCAUAAGGCGUAUUUGACACUUCAGUAUAACUGGCGUCCCGCCCAAGAUUCGAACCCAUGUCACUGAAGGGUGCAGUCAGAGACAAUACUACUGAGGUAUUCGGGGUGCAGUCGACCUACAGGGAUGGGCUAGGUACAUUGAUUGGUCAUCUGAAGGUAAUCAACUUCACAUGAUCUUGUCCAAGGCCUCAUCGAAUUCUAUCGAUACCCUUUACUGAAGAGUGCCAAAAAGCAAGGAACGUAGGUCAAGGGCUUAUUGCCUCUAUUCAGAUAACUUCUAUUUCAGUACAUCGCGAUGGUGAGUUCCUUAGACUGAUAACCACACUGUAAAAUGAUGAAUAGAAUUCGGCCAGCACUUAGGACUAGACAACAUGAAGUUACUUAUCCUCCAGUGAACAAUCAAUGCGUUUAGAAGCUGUUAUAAGACGACGAAAUCAACAGUCGGUCAAGUACAUUGAAUGAAGCCAUCUCUGUGUGAGUCGAAAUGGUUUAGUUUAGUGCCUGAAAUUAAUAAUCUCAGUUGAAUGUAUGGUACUAUUCAGAUUCGUGGAGUAUUGUACGCUUCUUUAGGCAUGAAUGUAUGUUUUAAGAACGAAAAGAUUAGACUACUGACCGCUAAUUGGCAUUGGUAAUUUAAUAAAGUAAGAUUCUGAAAUUCAUCGAAUCGUUGCUCCAGUCACGUCACUAACCAGUAAACGUAAAAGCUGAAGUAAAACUGUACUGAACGUGAGCAGUCAACUGCCAGGGAGCUACAAAUGAUGGGUAUCUUGUUAGCAUUUACCACCGUCAAGACAUAUCUUCAACUCCAUGGAAACUCAUGUUCUUUCAGAGAUUCAGACCCGUGUCACUCAUCACUUAGAUCAAAGAUUUUAUCACACAGCUGUUUAGGUUAUAACAUCUUUUGUACGAUUUAUCACUAGGAUUGUUGCCUAAUACAACACAACCGUCUUUGUAUAUGGAAUGAUGGGUAAUUCAUUCAGGAUUAAUUUUAUCUUUUCUAAUGCGUAAAAUCUUACUCUUUGGUGUAGAGCCAGUGUUUUCUUGAUAGAAUUUUGACUCCUAAGAAUUAUUAGACCACAAUAUAUUCGACUAAACAGACAAGAGGAUAAACAUAACGGUGUUUUUGUGGGGGAAGAAAUGCUAGUUAUCAAAGAUACUGAGAGUAAUAAACAUUCUUACGAAUAAUAAUAAUUUUUAAGGCUAUUUUCCUGACCUCACAGUAUGUUUCACUUUAUAAACAAGGUUUUAAUGGCAUUGCAUUAAUUUAAUUGAUCUAGAGAAAGAUUAUACGUUAUAAUCAAUAACUGCACUAUUUUUUGUUCACCAGUGGUGAAACCACUGGGUUUUUACUUCCGGUUAGUAUUGUCUUAGGGUCUUCACAAACCCACUAGGAGGGUGGAGUGGUCUGUAGCGUCAUACUUCUCUAGAAUCAUUAGCCUAAGGUUAGGUGAGAUUCAACAUUAAUGCUGACCUUCAUGGUUUUAUCGAAAUGUCUAAGCUGAAGCCAUACAGUCAAGCAUCCAGGCCAUUUAACACGCUAUCGUGUUACGUUGCACUGCUUGUAAUUGACCCUCUAGCUAGCUAGUUGGAACGCAUGGCUAUUUUGGCAUGACCUCACAAAUAUAAUAUUCCAUCUGACUACGCUUUUGUGUUCUUCCUUGGUCUCGUAUUCAUGGGUAUGUAACAAGUACGAAUAAUUAGUGAUUAGACUCUGUGUCUGUGAAGUUCGCACAAGGACAAUUCCUAAAUUGGUGAACCCGACACUACACUUGUUUACAUCUGAUGGUCAUGUACGUUGUAAAAGAAUAAUUCCCGAAUACUUGUAUCUGCUCUCAGCUACAUUAAAUUACUAUUCAUUUUUACUCCUUCAUUGACUAAUAUGGUCACUUGAUAACAGAUUUUCCAAGAAAACACCAAAGAUAACCUUCCAGUCAUCUACUUCUAUCCCCCAGUUGACAGAGAAAGCAAACAUUGUAUUGAAUAGUCUAUUAACUUGACAAAAAUAAUUCGAAAUCACGUUACAUCUCAUGUGUUUUGAAAAAAAGCGCUAAUGAGUAAGUGAACUAUUAUGAAACGGUCAGAGAGCUAACUGCGAUGAAAAAAAAAAACAUUUACUGUAGGGUGUUUUUUAGCGUGAAGCCUGGAAAUUCAUUUUCAAUCGAAAUAUUAAGAGAAUUCAUUAUGACUUAACUGUUCAAUUUUACUGGUAAGAAGAUUAAAUUAGGUGUGUUUUCAGUUCUGUUUAACUGACAGUCGUAAAUAACUUCAAAAUCAGGAUAUAACUUUAGGAACAGAACCAUACCCAUAGCAGUAGGUUACCUCAGUUAACAGAUAAAGUUAAAAGAAGUUGAGAAGUCUUUCAAAAAAGAGAGCUGAUGUGCAAUUCACGUAGAGCGUAUUAACGAAGAUAUGUACCUGUACACUAAAGCUUAAUUAGACUGUUAGGGAUUUUUUGAACUUCUCAUCAUUUCUGUUAUGGAUAUAUGUGACUCUGUUCCAAUAAUUAGUUGAUUAUUUGACAGAAUUUCUUUUAAAAUCCUUCAUCAUAAUAUCAGUCUCCCCUUUAUCCCUAUCCUUCAGUUGAUUAUAAUUGAAUCAGUUAAUUAGAACGGAGUUGCUUGCUUCAUUCAUAUAAACCUAAGUUAGUUAGCCAAUUAAAGGAAGUUAGGAAAGUAAUACCGAUACAUUAGGCUGAUGAUGUUUGAUAUUAUUUGAAGUCAACGUGAAAUUGCUCUACCACUAACAAUAUAUGUACUCUUGAACAUUCAGUCUCAGUUAAAGGACUAGUAAGAAUCGAUAAAUUAUUUUUAGAAGUCAAAGAUAUUUUGUGUAACAAUUAGGGCGUAUAUCUAGCAUUUGGUUGAAUAGCUCAUCACUAGGAGUCACUUGCGCUUAAUGUAAAUAGGAAAUUCAGUCAAAUCAUCCCUCACUUUCUACUUCUUACCCAUUGUACUCAGGCUACCGACAUUACAGGAUAUGUUUGAAUUCAAGUAAUCCAUAAGCCUAGAUGAUAAAGAGAAAGAUAGUCAAUUGAUGAAACUGUUGAGCCUGUAUCUGACUGCAAUCAUUAUAUAAUGUUCCUGAAACACUGUCGCUUUUCUUAUUAACC